CUACCCAAAAUGUAUCCCCCCCGCCCCCCCCAGCCCUCCUGCCCGGAGAAGCACCCGCGGCCGCCGCCCGCGGCCUCCUUCUCUCUCAGCUCAGCUUCUAGGCCGGCUCCCAGCCCCGAACGCCCGCGCCUCCCGCCGCACCCGGGAGCGGGAAACGCGGCCGCCGGCGCGCGGGGCCCGGCGCAGGCCGCUCCCCUCGUGGCCGAGUCCCUCCCCCACCCCAACCGCCCCCGCCCCUCACCCCAGGGACCCGCCCGGGGCCGCGCGGCCGCCACCGGGUUACACAACCCGGCCGGCGACUGGGGGAGGGGCGGCCGCGGGCCGGGGGCGGCGGCGCCCCCGCAGUGUGGGGGGCGACGCGACGCCAGGGGGGUUCCCGAGCCACCCGGCUUCGCCGCGCUGUGCGCCCCUCGACACCCUUCCCCCUCUGUUCUUCAGUGGGCCGGAGUCAGUGACAGGAAUCGGCUUCCAACAUGGCGGACAGGAAGCGGCCUCGCGAGGAGGAGAGAACAUUCCAGCCGCGCCGGCUCUGGGGGGAGCGGGCCUGGGGCGCCGGCCUCGGGAGGAGCCGUGAGGACAGACUACGAGGUGAGGUCAACUGUGGAACCAAGAUAGGUUUUAGAAUGUGAAGAGUUUCCAGAGAGAAAGAGGAGGAAAGAGCACUUUGAAAGUUAAGUUUUAAAAAAUUUUUUUGGAAAAUAUAGGAAUUUAAAGAAAUAGUCUGUUGCAUUUUGUAAUACUGACUUAACUUAUCCUGCAUUACCACAUCACAGCCUGAUUUUUAAAAGCAAAUGUUUAGUCAGGAGACUCACUACGCAGGAAGAAAGAGAUUGUGAUGGGGAUGCACGGGUGUACUCUGAUAAUAUUUUAUUUCUUGACCUAGAUGGUGAUUACAUAUAUAUUUGCUUUAUAAUUAUUUCGUAAACUGAAUAUGUAUGUAUGUGUAAUUUUUCUCAGUGUAUGUUAUAUUGGUUUUUUUAAUUUACCAUUUUAAUCAGUUUUAAGUAUGCUGUUUAGUGUUAAGUACAAUCACAUUGUUAUAAAACCAUCACUGUCCAUCUCCAGAACUUUUCAUCAUCAGAAACUGAAACUCUGUACCCGUUAAACAGUAACUCUCCAUUCCCUCUUUCCCCCAUGCCCUAGUAACCUUUUUUUUUCUACUUUUAUGACACCUUAUAUAAUUGAACUCAUACAAUAUUUGUCCUUUUGUGUCUAGCUUAUUUCACUUAACAUAAUGUCGUCAAGGUUCAUCCAUGUUGUGGUAUGUAUCAGCCCUUCCUCUUUUAAGAGUUCCCAUUGUGGCACAGCAGAAACAAAUCCGACUAGGAACCAGGAGGUUGCAGGUUCGAUCCCUGGCCUUGCUCAGUGGGUUAAGGAUCUGGUGUUG